GAAAUGGAAAACGCAGUGAUGGAGAGCAGGGAUGCAGCACGAACAGAUUUCAUCUACUGCUAUGGAGCCUUGACAGAGGUUCUAAAAUGUGGUGCCGCUCACUUGGACACUGAACACAAAGUACUUGUUUUAAUCAUUCCUGGCAACCCUGGUGUUGUGGGCUUUUACAGAACCUUCAUACAAUCGCUUUAUACUAUAUUUGGCUGCCAGUACCCAGUGUGGGCUGUAAGCCAUGCUGGCCACUGUAUGCCACCUGCAUCCAUGGACAUGGUGGAAGAUGACUCCUCAACAGCUGAGCUGGAUACAUUUGGUCUAAAUGGUCAGAUAGAACACAAGCUGGCCUUCCUCAGGAAACAUGUCCCAAAGAAGACAAGCCUCAUUCUGGUUGGACACUCCAUUGGCUGUUAUAUAAUUUUGGAGAUAAUGAGAAGAGAUCCCAAUCUGAAGAUUCUGAAAGGUGUCAUGUUGUUCCCAACUAUUGAACGCAUGGCCCUGACACCUCAGGGGAAGGCUAUUACACCUGUGCUCUGUCAUUUGCGGUACGUCGCCUAUUUGUCAAUCUUCCUGAUCUCUCUUCUACCCGAAAGAGUCAAAAGCAGUCUGGUCAAACUGGUUCUUGGUCGCGUCGGCUCCCUGGAUCCCGCCGUCGUCCGAGCGACUGUAGGCCUACUCAGUGGAGACUCGGCAGCUAAUGCUGUGUACAUGGGAGGACAGGAAAUGAGGAAAGUUUUGGAAAGAGACAAUAUGACCAUUAAGAAAAACCUUGAAAAGCUUAUAUUUUACUAUGGAGCAACAGACCACUGGUGUCCUGUACAAUAUUAUCAUGAGAUCAAGAAGGACUUUCCAACAGGAGAUUUCAGACUUUGUGAAAAUGGAUUUCGUCAUGCUUUUGUUCUGGAUGCAGGGAAAGAGGUUGCAGAAAUGAUAGCUGAAUGGAUCGAGACAGAUUUGAACAUUUAA